AAUAUAUUAUUUAUAUAGCAAAAAUGUAGAUGUGGGAACUCCCUGAUCUUCGGGACAUCAGUUUGCCAGGCAUCACAAUGACGAUCGCCACCGAAUGUGGACGGACGAAUGUGGAGGUAGACGGCACGGUGAUGGAGCCGAUCUCGACGGCAACUUUGGUGCUAACCGGAGCCUCGAUCGUUAUGCGAUUCGUUUCCAUCUUCAUCAAUUGGAGCCUGGCCUACGAGUAUUGGACGGAUGAGGCAUAUGCCUAUUGCGCCUGGACAGUGGGAUCGAUCCUGGUGCCCAUGGUAGUCACAUCGGCUAUAUACAUUCACAUCCUAAUAGCCAGCCACUCUGGCCAGAAACGCAUGACGGGCCGAGGAGUAUAUGCCAAUGCGGCCAUCUCGUAUCUGUUCCGGGAUGCUUACGCUCUCAAUUAUGCUCUGAAGUAUGCCAGGGCCAAGGAGCAGGAUGACAAACCCUCCGAAAUCAGAUAUUAUCAGAAGCUCAUGACGGAGGAGUGCAAUGUGGGCUUUGUCCGGCUCUUUGAUUCGUUUUUGGAGUCUGCACCGCAGAAAGUAUUGCAGCUCGCCAUAGUGCUGCGAUCGCCCAAGGAGUUGACAUACUAUCGCAUCUUUGUCUUCGUCGUGUAUUUUUUGAGCAUUGCGUGGUGCAUUCAGGCCUACAAUCGAUCCAAUCGCCUCGUCCAGCUGGACAAGCACGACAUAGCGGCGCGAGGACGCUUCUUUCAGUUCAUUUUCCUGUUGUGCUUUACAGUAUCGCGUACAAUCUGCAUUGCCUAUAUGGCAAGCGUAUUUCCCUUGGAAACUCUAGUGUUCUGCGCUGUCCAUGCCUGGUUGUGCGGCUCUGUUGUGUUUGUGGUGGACUCGCCAACGAUCGCCAUGUCCCGCUUUAUGAACUACCUGUACUGCCUGUGCUUCGGGGUAGUCUAUUUGUUUAUUUAUACGCCCCUUAAGGAUGGACCCACCAAGUACAAGUAUUCCAUUUACCUAACGUUUUGUCUGUUGCAAAACGUCGUUGCCUGCGCUCUGUAUAUUCCCCUGUAUGUUGCAAUUGCCAUAACUGCCUUGUAUAUUGUCGGAAUUGUGAUAUUAAUAUUCUACUAUUCAAGAUGCCAUCCUAGUAUUGUGCCUACGUAUUUCUCCCAAUUGAUGUGCGCUUGCGCAGUUGAAGCAGCGUAAAAUGGCCAAGAGCGUCGCUGGAACCAGUUUCGGGCCCAAUUACGAGGCUCA